AUGGCUUCUUCCAUAUGUGCUAUCUCCCCUUCCGUCGCAUCACACCUCACUAAAACCACCCCCCCUCUAUUUCAACGAAGCAAGUGCAAAAUGAGCAGGAGGACUUUUGCGGUUACGGGAAUUGUCGGCUCCGGCGUUUCGGUCGCCGCUUCUACUCUCACUGCGGACGCUGAGCCGUCUUCCAAAGGUUUUGAAAGAUUGCCCUUCAAAGCGGAAGGGUACAAUUAUUGGACUUGGAGGGAUCAUAAAAUACACUACGUUGUGCAAGGAGAAGGCUCCCCCAUUGUUCUUAUUCAUGGUUUUGGGGCCUCCGCAUUCCACUGGAGGUACAACAUUCCAGAAUUGGCUAAGAAACAUAAGGUAUAUGCCUUAGAUUUGCUUGGAUUUGGGUGGAGUGACAAAGCACUUAUCGAUUAUGAUGCCAUGGUGUGGAGGGAUCAAGUGGUGGACUUCGUGAAGGCAAUAGUAAAAGAACCAGCAGUUUUAGUUGGAAAUAGCCUCGGGGGAUUUACUGCUUUGGUUGCAGCAAUUGGGUUGCCUGAGCUUGUUAAAGGUGUUGGUCUACUAAAUUCUGCCGGACAAUUUGGUGAUGGAAAAAGGGAAAGUCAAACAUCUGAAGAAACAGCUCUACAAAAGUUUAUCCUAAAGCCUUUGAAGGAAGUUUUCCAGCGUGUAGUUCUUGGAUUUUUAUUCUGGCAGGCAAAGCAACCAGCUCGGAUUGUGUCAGUUCUAAAAAGUGUGUAUAUAAAUUCGUCCAAUGUGGAUGACUAUCUUGUGGAAUCUAUAACAAGGCCAGCUCAAGACCCAAAUGCCGGAGAAGUUUAUUACAGGUUAAUGACACGGUUCAUGAUGAACCAGAGCAAGUACACUCUAGAUGCUGUCUUAAGUGAACUAUCUUGCCCGUUGUUGCUGCUUUGGGGUGACCUUGACCCUUGGGUUGGUCCAGGAAAGGCUAAUCGAAUCAAAGAGUUCUAUCCAAAAACAACUCUUGUAAACUUGCAGGCUGGGCAUUGUCCACAUGAUGAGAUACCAGAACUUGUAAACAAGGCUUUAUUGGAUUGGUUGACCACCCUCACACCUGAAGCAACUCUCCAAACUGUUUGA